UGUGAGCUGGGCCCGAGCGAACGGGGGCGCUGACGAGUAGUAGGGUUCCUGAAGCGGGCGCUGGGUGUGGGGACGGGAAGGGGGCUCUCACGGCCGGGGUGGGCAAGGGAGGCUCCUGCAUCCGAGCGAGGCGCACGAGCCCCGGCAGCCAGCGCAGGGCUCCGGACCCUUACCCGGGUGGCUUCGGCGGCCUUCUCCCUUGGACACCGCAGUUACCAUGGGAACACUUGGCCUGUAACCGGCGCCAGACUGGUCACCAGCCCUCCUAGAGCCCAUCCCAUUCUUCGGUUCAGCGCCUCUGGCAGGCGUGGGCCUGACAUUUCUUCACUCCAGGGGACGUUCUCCCUCGUAAGAGAUCUAGCAGGCGAGGUGGGCAUGAGGAGGGGGAAAGAACAGGGUAAUGCCCAGAGUAAGAGCUGCUGACAGGCACAAGAAACCUACUGGGAUGCUAAGGUUGCUUCUGCCAUGUCAGGCCAGUGAAAGUGCGUAUCUGAAGGCCGUGUUGAGCGAGUACCACUGUUGAGACAAGUCCUGAGGCUAGGCCAGGGACUGUCCUUAGGGGCUCCUUGUUAGGAUGGCCGGGGAAGGGUCAACCAUUACCAGCCGCCUCAAGAACUUGCUGAGGUCCCCAUCCAUCAAAUUACGAAGAAGUAAAGCAGGAAACCGGCGAGAGGACCUCAGCUCUAAGGUGACCUUGGAGAAGGUGCUGGGAGUAACAGUAUCUGGAGGCAGAGGACUUGCCUGUGAUCCCCGAUCAGGUUUAGUUGCCUAUCCAGCUGGGUGUGUGGUUGUGCUGUUCAGUCCCCGGAAACAUAAGCAGCACCAUAUACUCAACAGCUCCAGGAAAACCAUUACUGCCCUUGCCUUCUCCCCUGAUGGCAAGUACUUGGUCACUGGAGAGAGUGGGCACAUGCCUGCCGUGCGGGUUUGGGAUGUGGCGGAACGGAGCCAGGUGGCAGAGCUGCAAGAGCAUAAGUAUGGCGUGGCUUGUGUGGCUUUCUCCCCUAGUGCCAAGUACAUUGUCUCUGUGGGUUACCAGCAUGAUAUGAUUGUCAACGUGUGGGCCUGGAAGAAAAACAUUGUGGUGGCCUCCAAUAAAGUGUCUAGUCGGGUGACAGCAGUGUCCUUUUCUGAAGACUGCAGCUACUUUGUCACUGCAGGCAACCGGCACAUCAAAUUCUGGUACCUCGAUGACAGCAAGACCUCAAAGGUGAACGCCACUGUGCCCCUGCUGGGCCGCUCAGGGCUGCUGGGCGAGCUGCGGAACAACCUGUUCACUGAUGUGGCAUGUGGCCGAGGGAAAAAGGCUGACAGCACUUUCUGUAUCACCUCAUCGGGGCUGCUGUGCGAGUUCAGUGAUCGAAGGCUUCUGGACAAAUGGGUGGAGCUAAGAAACACAGACAGCUUCACAACCACUGUGGCCCACUGCAUCUCUGUCAGCCAAGAAUACAUCUUCUGUGGCUGUGCUGAUGGCACUGUGCGCCUGUUCAAUCCCUCCAACCUGCACUUCCUCAGUACCCUACCCAGACCCCAUGCCCUGGGAACAGACAUCGCCAGCAUCACUGAGGCCAGCCGCCUCUUCUCCGGAGGGGCUGAUGCUAGGUACCCAGACACCAUCGCCUUGACCUUUGAUCCAACUAAUCAGUGGCUAUCUUGUGUGUACAACGACCACAGCAUCUACGUUUGGGAUGUGAGGGACCCCAAGAAAGUGGGCAAGGUCUACUCAGCUCUCUAUCAUUCUUCCUGUGUCUGGAGUGUGGAGGUCUACCCCGAGGUGAAGGACAGUAAUCAGGCCUGUCUUCCCCCCAGUUCCUUUAUCACCUGCUCCUCAGACAACACCAUCCGCCUGUGGAACACAGAGAGCUCUGGGGUACAUGGCUCUACCCUGCACCGAAACAUCCUCAGCAAUGAUCUCAUUAAGAUCAUUUAUGUAGAUGGAAACACUCAGGCUCUGUUGGACACUGAGCUACCUGGAGGAGACAAAGCUGAUGGGUCCUUGAUGGAUCCCCGAGUAGGCAUCCGUUCUGUGUGCAUCAGCCCCAAUGGACAGCACCUAGCUUCAGGAGACCGAAUGGGGACCCUGAGGGUACAUGAACUGCAGUCACUGAAUGAGAUGCUGAAGGUAGAGGCCCAUGACUCUGAGAUCUUGUGCCUGGAAUACUCUAAGCCAGACACAGGUUUGAAGCUGCUAGCCUCAGCAAGCCGGGACCGUCUGAUCCAUGUGCUGGACGCUGGGCGGGAGUAUAGCCUACAGCAGACACUGGACGAGCACUCCUCCUCCAUCACAGCUGUCAAGUUUGCAGCCAGUGAUGGGCAAGUGAGAAUGAUCAGCUGUGGUGCAGACAAGAGCAUUUACUUCCGAACUGCACAGAAGUCUGGAGAAGGGGUGCAGUUUACACGAACACACCACGUGGUACGGAAGACAACCCUCUAUGACAUGGAUGUGGAACCCAGCUGGAAGUACACAGCCAUCGGCUGCCAAGACCGAAAUAUUCGGAUCUUCAACAUCAGCAGCGGGAAGCAGAAAAAGCUGUACAAAGGGUCGCAGGGUGAAGACGGCACUCUCAUUAAGGUGCAGACAGACCCCUCAGGGGUCUACAUUGCCACCAGCUGCUCUGAUAAGAACCUCUCCAUUUUUGACUUCUCCUCAGGCGAGUGUGUGGCCACUAUGUUUGGUCACUCAGAGAUUGUCACUGGCAUGAAAUUUAGUAACGAUUGCAAACAUCUCAUCUCUGUGUCAGGGGACAGCUGCAUAUUUGUCUGGCGCCUGAGCUCUGAGAUGACUAUCAGCAUGAGGCAGCGCCUGGCUGAGUUGCGCCAGCGACAGCGAGGGUCCAAGCAGCAAGGCCCAACCUCUCCCCAAAGGGCUUCUGGACCCAAACAGCACCAAGCUCCAGUGAUACCCCCUUCUGGACCAGCUCUUUCCUCAGACAGUGACAAGGAGGGAGAAGAUGAGGGUACCGAAGAAGAAGAACUGCCAGCUCUGCCCAUCCUUGGCAAGAGCACCAAGAAAGAUCCAGGCUCUAGUCCAGCCCUGCUCCGAAGCCUGUCUCACUGGGAAAUGAGUCGGGCACAAGAGACUAUGGAGUUUCUGGGCCCACCUCCUGUAGUGAACACAGGACCCAAAAGAAGAGGGCGCUGGGCUCAGCCAGGCGUGGAGCUGAGUGUCCGCUCCAUGCUGGACUUGAGACAGCUAGAGACCUUGGCCCCAAGCCCUCGAGGCCCCAGCCAGGACUCACUGGCUGAGUCCCCAGCUGGUCCUGGGAAGCAUGGUCCACAGGCUCCUGAACUCUCAUAUGCUAGCCAGAAUGAAAAGGCCCCCCAGCUUCAGGCUUCCCAACCCUGUUCCUGUCCCCACAUUAUCCAGUUGUUGUCACAAGAGGAAGGAGUCUUUGCCCAAGAUCUGGAGCCUGCACCCAUUGAAGAUGGUAUUGUCUACCCGGAACCCAGUGACAGCCCCACCAUGGAUACCAGUGCUUUCCAGGUGCAGGCUCCAAGCCGAGGGUCCCUAGGAAGAGUGUACCCAGGCAGCAGGGGCUCAGAGAAGCACAGUCCUGACAGUGCGUGCUCUGUGGAUUACAGCAGCAGCCGGCUCUCCAGCCCUGAGCACCCCAACGAAGACUCUGAGAGCACAGAGCCCCUAAGUGUGGAUGGCAUCUCCUCAGACCUUGAAGAGCCAGCCGAGGGUGAUGAAGAAGAGGAAGAAGAGGGAGGCACUGGCCUCUGUGGGCUACAAGAAGGCAGCCCUCAUACCCCGGAUCAGGAGCAGUUUCUAAAGCAGCACUUUGAGACUCUGGCCAAUGGGGCUGCUCCAGGGGGUCCAGCACGAGUCCAAGAAAGAACAGAGUCUCGGAGCAUCUCAUCACGAUUCCUGCUGCAAGUGCAGACCUCCCCACUCAGGGAACCAUCCCUGUCCUCCUCAAGCUUGACCUUGUCAAGACCUGACCAGGUGGCACAGGUAUCCGGUGAGCAGCUAAAAGGCAGUGGUGCCACUCCCCCAGGAGCACCCCCGGAAAAGGAACCCUCUUCUGGCAACUCCGGCCCCCAGCGGGUGGCCCCCGUGCUGUUGCCACGACGUCGUAACAACCUGGACAGCAGCUGGGCCCCCAAGAAAGUGGCUGCAACCCGCCCCUUAGCUGCACUCCAGAAAGCCCAGUCGGUGCACUGUCUAGUAGCACACGAUGAGGUGCCUUCAUCGCGUCCACUGCCCUCCCGGGAGGUGGAAAUCCAAGGCAGCUUAGGAUCCCUGCCACAAGCUGAUGGCCACCCAUCUCGGCCCCACUCCUACCAGAACCCCACCACCAGUUCUAUGGCCAAGCUAGCUCGCAGCAUUUCUGUUGGUGAGAACCCAGGCCUGGCUGCUGAACCUCAAGCUCCUACACCAGCACGAAUCUCACCAUUCAACAAACCAGCUCUACCUAGCCGGGCUCACCUUGUUUUGGACAUCCCCAAACCACUUCCUGACCGUCCUACUCUGACCACAUUCUCACCUGUUACCAAGGUCCUGGUCCACAGUGAAGCAGAACAGUCUGGCUCCCUGGUGAACCUAGGAAAGGCUCACACUGUGGUUGAAAGAGGAGCCUGUUUAGGGGAGGGAACCACUCAUAAACCUAGGACAGAGUGCCAAGCUCAUCCUAGCCCCAAACACCCCUGUGCCCAGCAACUGCCAGUCAGCAACCUCCUCCAAGGCCCUGAGCGCUUGCAGCCCCCAACCCCCGAGAAGACUCCUAACGCCAUGGAAGGCACCAGGCCAGGGGCAGCCCCGAGCCAGGACCCAGAACUGGCCUUGAGCCUGCAACAGUGUGAACAGCUUGUGGCAGAGCUCCGGGGGAAUGUACACCAGGCCGUGCACCUCUACCGCUCGGUGACGAGCUGUAAGACACCUUCAGCAGAGCAGAGUCACAUCACCCGUCUCCUGAGAGACACCUUCUCCUCCGUGCGGCAGGAGCUGGAGGCCCUGGCCGGGGCUGCGCUGUCCAGCCCAGGUGGCAGCCCUGGGGCUGUGGGGGCUGAGCAAACUCAGGCCCUGUUGGAGCAGUACUCAGAGCUAUUGCUUCGAGCUGUGGAGCGGCGCAUGGAGCGCAGACUCUGAGUUCCUCAAGCCUGUCCCAAGAGAAAUGCUCCCCAUUCCAAACUCUAGCCCUUCGUCCACUCAUCAAAAUCUGUGAGAAUGUCUGGAGUGGAUAGCAGGGAUCAGUGCUCAGAGGCAAAGCAGCCUUCCCAGCUGCUCCUCAUGGGCCCCUGUAUUUAUUAAUUUAUUUCCCUGACUGUUGCCUCACUUCCUUGGGACUCCUGCCUCUAAAGCCCAUCCCGUGGCUCUUAGCAGGACAGAUCUUGAGUCUUUGUCAUCUUGGUGCUGUGAGGGGUAGCAGGGCAGCCUGCCUCAUCUGGGGACACUGGGAAGGGCUGGCCUUCUCUUCUUAGAAGCCAUUUGAAGUUACUUCAGGGAUCAGCUCCCUGGGGUGGAGCAUACACAGGGUACUCUGGGGUAGAGAUGAAAGGUGACGUGGUAUGGAGGGCCCUAGAGCCAACUGUAACCUUUACCUCUACUCCCACGGCAGCUGCUCCCUCCAGCUGUCAGAGCAGGGGUGGUUUCCCCAACUCCUGGCAGCUGAGAAAAGUAUUGCUGCCUGACCUCCAGGGUGUUCCCAGCCAUUACAAGACUUGAGUUGGUGUCAGGACCUGAGCCCCACAUUCCACUCCCGUUCUUCCUGCAAGAGAGCCCCAGCAUCUUCUACCCCAUCCUUUUUUUUUUUUUCCUUGUGGAGCUGGUUGUGGGUUUUGCUGCAGGACAGUAAAGCCCUCCACUGGGCAAACAUAAAGCCUGGCCUAUUCUCCUCAGGGUUGUUCUCCAGCCCUGUCUCCAGUGGACUGUUGAAGUCCCAAGGACCACUUUUCUCCCUACAGCCUGGGCAACGCGCAAUCAGAAACUUGUAUUGGAAGUACCCUCAUGGUUUACAGGGCACUGGCCCACCUUCCUAGAACCUUGCCCCCCCCCCCCACAAUUGAAUACAGAGUUGAGCGCUUAUUAUUAGAAUACUUGCCUGGCUUGUGUGUCCCUGGUUUCUUUGCAUUUUGCCCCAGCUUCACUAGCCUGGAUUAGUUAGAACUCUUAUCCGGAAAUAUGGAAAGGAAUGGAACACACUAAACUUAAAUUCUGGGUUCUUGGUGCCUGCAGCCAGGCUGACAGGACAUGGCCUCUGGGACACCUGGCUUGCGGAGGAGGCUCUUUUUCAAAGACAGUGCUGGGCGUCCAGAGAUACUGGAUAGUGGAGGCUGUGGAGUUGGGGCUCUGGGCAAGAGACACACUGGAAAAGUUAAGAGGUGGACAAGUAGGUGGCAGAGGUAGGGGGAUAGAAUUGUAAUUGUUAGAGGGUGAAGAAAAGGCAUAGGCAGGUGUAGGUCGGAGCAAUUAGUGAGAUGGUUGCAGAAUUGGAAUGAAUGUGUGUGUCUGGGCCCUCCCUCCUCCUCCAUCAGGUAAGGCAGAGUGACUUUUCACCAGGCCUGGACUACAAAGAUCUGUAGAACCCGCAAAGGCAGAAGCUAGAAGGAAACUGGGUUUUAAUGGGUGCUUAGCUUUGUUGGUUUAGCCUGAGUGUCCUGAGUACACCAAACCAUUUAUUCCCAUUUUUUUUUCUACCACCCCCAUAGCCAAACCCCUAGCCCAAAGAACUGUAACAGCUGGAGGUGGAGCCAUUGGCAGCUUGAGGGUUAGCAAAUCCGCCCACUGCAGUAGGGCUACCCUGACCUCCUCCAGGCUCUUAGAGGUCCUUAGCUAGCCUGCCCUUUUCAAGGGAGCGGGUCUUUCCUUGCGCCUCUACCCUGCAUGGGUGGGGGCUUGUGGCCAGCGGCGCUGUCCUCUUCUGCAUGUCUGAAGCCACUGGCAACUGCUGCCCACGUCCGGAUUUGCCCCGUCCCAGUUUUGAAAGCCCCUUAUUUAUAACUUUUAUACUGUGGCGCCUGUCUCCUCCCCGGCCGUACGGGGUGGGGGCUGUUUUAACGUCUCAUUUGUACCUAUGUAUGAAGUUGUCAAUAAACACAAUCAUUUGUUAA